ACACUUUAUUUUACUGGCAAGAUAAAACACAAAAAACAGUUACAAUUGAUUAUUUUGUUUUGUUUUCCGUGUUAGCAUUCUAGCUAACAUGAUAAAUGCUGUUUAAUCUUUGUUAACACCGAUUUAGAAAGACCAAAGACCCUGCAGAAACACCAAUAAAUUAAAAAAACAAACAAAAAAAAAAAAACAUAAAAAGGAAACCACUUAGCUAACCGUUAGGUAAGGGAGUUGCUAGCAGGAUACAACACUCAGCCAUUGUCACCCUCAGAUUCAGUUCUCCAGAGUCAAACAGACCAGAAUGGACUUGUUCUUUGAAAGCCUCCCCUCAACCUCCCAGUCCUCUCCUGAGAACGGCCAUGAAGACUCACAAAUGACAGAAGACACAGACCAUGAUUCAUCAAGAGGGACUUCCUUAAGUGUGAGCAUGACUGAGAUUCAGGAGCAGCACACCAGCUCCAGCAUAGAUGAUGUCAGCAGAAGAGUGCAGGAGCUGGUCGAAAAGAUUAACGACAGCCGUACCAGUGACCAGAGAGUGAUGGACAGCUUUCAGGAGAAGUUAGUGGAGAAGGUGAAAGAGAUAUGCCAGCAGAUGAAGGAGCACAUGUACACAGUCUAUGAAGAGAACAGUAAUGAGAUGCAGGUGAAGCUGCAGGAGUUGACGGAGGUGCUGGAGAACUGCACUAAGCUCAACAAUGAGCUCCUGGAAGCCAAUCAAGCGCUGGCCAGUCUCAGAGAGGGCCUGGCCAUUAGUCAGACAUCAGAUCCCUGACAAACUAGCUAAUGUUUUGUCUGCUAUUUUAUUCUGUGUUCAGACCAGUUGAAUUUGUCUGUCCACAUGUUUAGAGUGGGUAAGAUUACUCCUUUUGUUUCCUGUUCUUCUUCCUGUUUUUCCAGGAAUACACUGUUGACUGCGUCUUUGUUUCCAUAACAGUAGUCCAGGCUACAGCUCAUGUUUGCAGUAAAAGAAUGCAAAAACAAAAGUUGAAGCCAUGUUUAUUCAGUGUUCUUUUGAAGUAUCUGUUGCUUCAGUAAAUACUACUAAAAUGAACACAAUAAACUGAAAUAUUUGGCUCUUAA